AUGGCGGCCAAGGAGGAGGCGGAGGAGAGCCCCGGCACCAGCUCCAGCAGCAGCAGCAGCAGCAGCAGCAGCAGCUUGUUGUGCAAGUUCAGCAGGCACCACUGGGUGACUGCGCGGCACAUUUUGGAGUUUCUUCGGUGCAGCGAAAGAAAAUACCAAAGAGCCAUUACAGAGCCUGGGGAGGCAGUGGGGGCCACGGGGGCCCAGUCUAUAGGCGAGCCCGGCACCCAAAUGACCCUCAAGACCUUCCACUUCGCCGGCGUGGCGUCGAUGAACGUGACUCUGGGAGUGCCGCGGAUAAAGGAGAUAAUAAACGCAGCUUCGAAGAUCCAGACUCCAAUAAUAGAAGUCCCUCUUUUGAAUUCUGGAGACUACAACUGCGCAGUUUUGGUCAAAAACAGAAUUGAAAAAACCCUAAUUGCAGAUUGCUGCUCCUACAUCAAAGAAGUUUACUCCCCAGAAGGGGCCUGGCUUUCUCUCAAGCUCGACGCCCCCACCAUCCAAGCCCUUUUCCUCGACAUCAACGCAGACAAGGUGAAGGAGGCGAUACUGCGUCACACAAUGAUAAACAAAGUGCGUCUUUCGAAGAAUUGCGUCGAAGUCGUAAAUGAGUGGAAGCUGCGAGUGCUGCCUCCUGGAGGAGACCAAAUCUUUUUCCAAUUGCAGGCUUUGAAGGCCGGGCUGAUGGAGGUGGUUUUGUGCGGCUACAAAGACGUGAAAAGAGGGGUAAUAAAGCGGGAAGAAGUGAAGGGGGCCCCCGGGGGGCCCCCCAAACAUGUUUACUGUUUGGCCGUGGAGGGGUAUGGCCUGCGGGAGGUGAUGGGCACUCCGGGGGUUCGGGCCACUGGGGUGACUUCAAACCACGUGAUGGAGGUUGCACAGAUCCUGGGCAUUGAGGCUGCGCGGCAAGUCAUUAUUGACGAAAUUCGAAAAUGCAUGGACGCCUAUUCGAUGGACAUCGACUGCAGGCACAUGACGCUCUUGGGGGACGUUAUGACUUUCAGGGGGGAAGUGCUGGGGAUAAACCGUUUCGGGAUUCAGAAGAUGCGGGCCUCGACGCUGGUGCUGGCCUCGUUCGAAGAAACAAAUGAACAUCUUUUCGAAGCUGCUGCGCACCACCGCGCAGACCCCGUCAAAGGCGUCAGCGAAUGCAUCAUCAUGGGAAAGCCCAUGGCCCUCGGCACCGGGGCCUUCGACAUCCUCGUGGCCCACCCCCCCUGCACCCCGAAGCGGGAGCAGGAGACGCUUUUGGCGAAGUACAAGACGCCUCCCGCUGCAGCAGCGCGUUAG